AUGACCAGAAGGAUGCCACAGAUGGGGCAUGAAUGGGUUUGGUUGGAUUCUGAACAAGACUAUCCCAAUGACUCUGAGUUGAGCAACGAUUGCAGGUCACUCUUCAGCUCAUGGGACUCCAGUUUGGAUCUUGAUAUGGGCAGCUGGAGGGAAACUGAGGAGCCAGGGGCUGAGGAACUAGAGGAAAGCAGCCCAGGGAGAGAACCUCGUGAGCUGCUUGUGGGGGACGGAGGCAGUGAGGAAUCUCAGGAAGAGGUGGAGCAUGUCAGUUGCCAGAACCUCCUCCACUUUCUCUCUGAGGUAGCUUAUUUAAUGGAGCCAUUGUGCAUUAGCAGCAAAGAAUCAGGUGAAGGCUGCUGCCCUUCAUCUGGCACCAGACAACAAGAGGCGAGGGGAAUUGAAGCUACUGAAGGAGAGGGGGAGCCCUGCAAAGAGCCUGAAGAGCUUUCAGCCAAGGUAGACCCCUUGGUAGCUGAGAAGUCAUUACUGGGAGAAAAUGGAAGGCCAGAGGUGGCUCCACCUCCCUCAGAUAUUUGGGCACUUCAGGAACAACCCACAGAGAGUGAAGAGGGGGAGGUUCAGCAAGAAUCCAAAGAGGAGGACCAGAGUGAAGGGUAUGUGUCAGAGAUGGAAGACCAGCGUUCUUCAGGUGAGUGUGAUGAAAGCUUCAGCAUCCAGGAGACUCCUCUGGUGGAUAUCCUUUUCAGCCGUGCUACCUCAUCAAAGCUUUCUGAUCUAGGCCAUAGUGACCCUGUUCAGGAUCACUUGCUAUUUAAGAAGACUCUCCUGCCAGUCUGGAAGAUGAUAGCCAGUCACAGGUUCAGCAGUCCGUUUCUGAAGCCUGUGUCAGAAAGGCAGGCCCCAGGAUACAAGGAUGUGGUGAAAAGACCCAUGGACUUAACUAGCCUGAAAAGGAAUCUGUCUAAGGGACGGAUUCACACAGUGGCUCAGUUCCAGAGGGACCUGAUGCUGAUGUUCCAGAAUGCUGUGAUGUACAAUGACUCUGAUCAUCAGGUGUACCAUAUGGCUGUGGAGAUGCAACGAGAAGUCUUGGAGCAGAUUCAGGUGCUGAGUAUUUGGUUAGACGAAAGAAGAGACUUAAAUAGUCUGGAAUGAGAACUAACCAACCCCAUGGAAGAUGGGAAACCUGUUUUGCUAACUUGGAGCUGCUACCCUGAACUUUUAUGGAAUUUGGAUCUUUGAUUGAGACUCCGACCUAGAGAAGAUCCCAGUACUUGUUUACCACUUCUCUGUUGUCUUUUCCAAUAAGAAUAAUGCCUUAACUUACAACCAAAGAAUUAAAGGUGCCCGUGGACAUAAUAUAAAGAAAACACGGAAAGCUGAGAUUUGGGGUUAUGCCAUAUAUG